AUGUGGGCCAAAUUCGAUAUCUUCACUACAUUGUUCUGUGCAUUCGUCGUCGAAGUCGUUAUGCAAAUCCGUCUAUUUGCUAUGUAUGGACAUGACCGAAGAAUAAUGUUCGUAGUCUCCAUGCUCUGCAUGGGGGAGCUCAUGAGCAUGGUCACGCUUUCUAUCGCGAAGUUUGAUCCGACUUUAGCCGGACUCGCGCAAAUUGCGGGACCAGGGACGAUCCAGCCUCUCCCGUUCUGCAACAACAUCAUUCCAUACAAUUUUUUCCCCUACUGGAUUGCGUUCAUGAUCUUCGAUGGCAUCAUUCUCCUCCUCGUCAUCCGAAAGGCCUACAGCCACUACAAGUUGCUGCCUGACAAAUCAUGGAAAGACGCUUCACAGACCCUUGUGGGUGUGCUGGCCCGCGACUCGGUGCUAUACUUCGUUUGUAAUGUCGCUGUCUUUCUUGGGACGACGUUGCUCUGGCGGUUCGGGCCUCCAAUCCUCGCAACAAUCGCUAUAAGUUGGUCGAUCGUUGUGCCGUCAACCUCUGCGGGCAGGCUGAUGCUCAAUAUACGCAAAGAAGCAAAACCGGCGAGUGACUUGGUAUCCACGGCAGGCCUAAGUGGACUUGGGUCGCUUCGUAUCAGUCCUCCUACCCAAACGAGGACAAAUUUUACAAUGGAUCGAGACAUAUUCCCUGAUGACGAGGACGAAAUGCUUGAAGACGAUAUAGAUUAG